AUGGUGUCCAGUCCUAGAAUACUCUUGGCGGCAAAGGCUGCUGAUGAUCCCCUCGUAGUAAAAACACUUUGUUUGUUGAGGGAUUUCUACAAAACGAACACACAAAUCAAAGAGUCUCAUGGCUUGACGCACGUUCUGGCCGUUUACCGGCACGCAGUGCACGCUAUCGACUCUGUCGAAGACUCGCGUUUUACUCACCCAGAUGCCGUUGAGAUUCUCCUUGCCGCGUUGUUGCACGAUGUAGACGAUCGGAAAUAUUUUCCUGAUCAAGCCGCAGACGACUGCUUAAACGCAAAGAAUAUUUUGAACAAUGCCAAUGUCCCAGAUCAAGCCAUUGCUCGAGUCCAUAGCAUGGUUCAGAUGGUGAGCUGCUCCAAGAAUGGGAAUUCCGUGCCGGAAGAAAUUCGCGAAUCCAAUCGCUACUACAAACUCAUUCCAAGAUGGAGUGAUCGACUGGAGGCUGUCGGGCGACAAGGUGUCGUUCGUUGCUACCAAUACGCCAAAGAAAAGAACAAUCCGCUGUCUAGCAAUGCUUCGCCCAAGGCCACUACUUUGGCAGAAAUGUGGGAGUUUGCCUCUCCGUCGAGGUUUGACCAAUAUCAGUCGAGUGGUGGGAACUCGGCCGACAUGAUUUCGCACUAUUACGACAAACUCCUCCACGUUGCGCGGCCACCAAAAGAAAUUGUUCAAAAUCGAUACCUUGAGGAGCAGGCCGAAGCAAGUGUCGCGCCUCUCAUCGAAGUUUGUCUACGCUUCGGUCAGACAGGUACUGUUGACGAAAAGUACUUACAAGCUUUAGCAUCAGAAUGA